AUGCCAGACGUCGAUGAGCGAGAUGUGUUUGUGCAGCUGACAUACAACUUGAUUCAGAUUUGUUUAGCAGGAGGGGAAGCCGGUGACGAUGACGACGGGCCUUACCCUUGGCUUUCAGAUUGCUUGCGGGUUUGCUGUUGCUGGGUUACGCUGGUGCAGCUGGAGCAGAACACGGGCCUGCCUGAGUUGCGGAAAGUGUGGUUCCUGCAGAUGAGGCGCUACUUCGGAUCGUCUUCCCUCGGAGGUGAUGGCAAGUCCGGACUUGCUGAGGGUGUCCCGUGCAAAUGGCUGGCCCUUUCAAGCAACUGGGGUUUGGAUUCCAGGCAUCACUGCCACAAGCUACCGGCGCCGGUUCCUUUGAGAAUGCUCAGGCAGUUUUGCCGUCUGCCAUGGGGCAAUGUGGUGGCAAUCUUCGUGGCCCAUGUGCAAGGGGGAUAUGGCGUACACAGCCUGGGUUUCCGCCGCUGCCGCUUGGUGUAUGAUGCGGCGUGCCGGCACUGGGACAGCUGCGUGCUGCUUGCCACCCACCUGGCGUCCUGGACCAGCUUCUGGGGCCGGUCGUACAUUCACAUCCCAGACUCGCCGGUGACGAUGUUCCACUGGUACAUGAGCCAGUACCUUCUUCGCAUUUCGUCCUGGGCGGGCUCUGCCCCAGGGUUGUUCGGCCCGUUCGUGAUGGACGACGAGGUGCUCUGGGCUGGGGACAUCACUCUGAACUACAAUGCGGAGGCCAUCUACUACAAUGCAGCUGUGGCCAAUCAUAUGGAGGCCUUUCUGCCAUAUUUUCGGGCCAUUUUGGACUUCAUGCCGGAAGCUCGCCGCAUGGCGUCUGAACUGUAUCCGCAGUGCCGGGAUUCUUUGGCCUUUCCUGCACACAUCCUACCAAAUGGCGUGCGCGCAGCGGGCGUCGGUGGUGGCGACCUUGCCCAGAAGCAGAUUGGCUUGUUUGCUGCCGUGCCGUUCAUCUUGUACUGGAGAUAUUCUGGAAGCUUGAAGUUUGCCGAGAGCUCACUGCCUUUCCUUGCUGGCGUCGCCCGCUUCUGGGACCGGAAUGCAAUCUUCUCGCGGGCCCUGAUGGGUAUCUACAUGACGGAGACGACUGUGCUGAGGAGAUAUGCCUCCCUGAUGGCGAUUUGCAGCCAGAUCCAACAGCCCUUCGGCAGUGGUCCUGUCCCUUCUGCCAAGCUUCUUCGCAACUGCGGCGGAGGUGUGACGGGCUUUUGUCCCCUGUUUCGGAAGCUGGUGGGCCCCUCCUUCAUGCUUCAGACGGGCUCAAGAAAAGUGGAGUGCGUCUCGGUGCAUGUACUCAAUGUGUCCCUUCAGUGUAAAGGCCGAAUCUUGAGGGCCAAGCGGCCCUUCAAGAAAGGGGACUUGGUUUUCGAGGAACCACCUCUGCAUAUUGUGGUGGCCGAUGAGAGCAACGAGGCAUUCAAGGUCAUCACGCGAGUCUGUGAGACACGCGAGGAUGUGGCCUACAAGCCGCUGUGGUAUUGGGCGGCGUUCUCUUCCCUGACGGCCGACGACCUAAGGACACCUCCAAAGGUGGGGUGUCUGCAACCAGUCUCGAGAGAUCAGCAGAAGCAGCUUCUUUGCCUGUACCAUGAGCCAGUCUUGGAAGCCAGUGCCGCAGUGGCAUGCAUGGUGGCAGAGUUGGGAUUGACGGUGCCCUCUGCCAAGGUAGAGGAGCUCCUGAGGCUCUGGAUUCUAAACUGCUUUGAGCAUUCCGAGACCCCAGAGGGCUACUCUGCCUACUUCGUUUCCUCCUUCAUGUCGCACUCCUGCAGACCAAAUGCCAUUUGGCAUGAGGGCGCAGAUGCAUUGCAUGUGGUCAGAGCCCGCAUGGACAUUUCCAAGGGCGACGAGAUUUGCAUCUCGUAUCUGUCAGAGGACGCACUGAUGUUCAGUGCAUCUCACCGGAAGAGAUCCCUCAAGAAAACAAAGCUUUUCGAUUGUUCCUGUGAGCGCUGCGAUGAGCACACGGCCGCGGGCACGCAGCCCGUGGACCUGUGCCGAGGGUUCCGCUGCCCGCAUUGUGGAGGUCACGUAUUCCCGCCUCUGCAGAGCGCCGCCAUUCGUGCAGAGGGGCUCGCCCGGACAAGCUGUCCCACGUGCACGCGGAAUGUGGGAGAGCAUGCUGCUGGAAUGCUGGACACAGAGAAGCAACUCCGCCUCCGGCUGCAGUCACUGGACCAGGCUUGUGGCACGACACCGGUCGAAGAGCUCUUGACAGAAGAAGAUGCCAGGCAGCUGGAGGAGAUUGUGGGAGACCAGGCCUGUGGCGCGUUGGGGCCACAGCACUGGCUGUGUGAGCGCCUGGGUGCCUACAUGGCUCCCUGGUAUGACUCACAGGGCCAGGCGGACCAGGCGUUGAAGUGGUUGGAGAGACGCCUUGGUUGCCAGCGGCAGAUGUUUCCCUGGCCGAAUGCAUCUCGUGCGUGGACCAUGCAGAAGUGCUCCCGCUUGCUGCUUCGCAGAUACAAAGCACUGACUGACAAGCAGCAUUCCGGCAAGCGGCAUGAUGCCUCCAUGCAGCGCCGCAUGCUGGCUCGGGCAGCCUUCCUUCAAGAGGAAGCGGUGCAGAAUCUGCAGGUGUUGUUCGGAGAGACGCACAGGUACACAGUGCGAGCUUGCAAGAAGCUCAAGCGAGUUCGUGCACUUCUUGAUCGUGGGAGGUUGCGCCUGCGAAGUGGAUCGAAUGUGGCAGAGCUUCUCAACGCCGAGUCUUUGGAGACACGCCAGCGCUGGCGGACCAUGGCUGGACGCAUUGCUCCAUAUGCCACUGAGGUCGUCGACGGACAGGAAGUCAUAGCCGACUUCUACGGUGGCGAGACAAAGCAUGGUUUGGAGUUGCGGCUCCACUCAGGUGGUUCAGUUGCCUGGGGCGGCCUGUUUGCUGCUUUUCCCCUGGGAACUGUCCAUCAGCGAAGCGACAAGGGAGCGUUGGACCUGGUGCACCGGUCGCUGGUGCACUGCGGGAGCAUGAACAUCUGUGACAUGGGAGCUCGGUUCUUCAAGCAGUGGCCUGGGGGCAAGCAGGGCAACAGCUUCCCUCACGUGUUCGCUGCUGCCGCGCGGGUGGGGUGGAGACCUGAAGCGGCGCUGAAGGACUGGGAAGCGUACCUUACCAACACGUCAGAUCCAAAGUGUCGGCUUCACAACAACGGCAUGGUGCUGGGUUGCGGUGGAACCGGCUUAGAGAAUGUGGGUGGCGCUGCCUUUGCCUCUGAGCUGCUCCUGCAGAUGUCGGCAGGGGUGCUGCAGGUCUUCCCCUCCCUGCCUCUGGGCAUGGCAGCUUCUUUCUACCUCCGAGCUCCCGGGCCAGUCCUGGUGGCGGCAAGUAGAAUGGCGUCAGGCUUCGUGACCGAGUUGAAAAUGCAAUUGCCAACGCUGGAAACAGACUUGGAUAUGGGUCCGACUGUUGUGCGCACCGACUUCCUUGUGCAAUCGCCAUGGCCGGACUCAGAGAUUCUGGUGGAUGGUCAGAUUGCACAAGUCCGCAGCGGUGUUUUUCAUGUCGGUCUGAGUGAGGGGCGAAUACACGAGAUCCGCCCAGCAGAAACAAUCAAGACCCAGCUUUCUGCCGUCUUAGCAGGGGUUCAGUAG